AUGUACUACUUUGAGCUGAGCUCAGCGAAAAUUCAUGUUAUCGGUCACGAAAAUAUUGCUGCUGAAAAUCCAACAUUCUCUCCGGAUGGGAGCACAUUAGUAUACUUCCAACGCCCUGCCGACGGACCUCACCAAGCUGUCGUGGAGUGUGUGAAAGUGCCGUGGCCGUACGAUGGCUCUCCUCCAGUCGUUAUUGUACCAACUGUGCACGAAGUUGACCGUCCUUGUCAAUUCCCGGGCCUGUCGUUCACGCAGAUGCCGCAAAGGUGCUGGACUGCGGACGGAAGCUCCCUGAUCGUCGGCACUGCGUGGAGAAGCAAAAUGGAGCUGGUGGCAAUAGAUGUGUCUAAUGGUGAUGUGGCUAGGUUAACGAAUCAUAGUCAAUGUCAUGGGAGCUGGCAGGUGGUGGAUGUGUGCGAAGACGAAAUUCUUGCCGUGGUUUCUGCUCCGAACCGGCCGCCUGCUUUACUUCUCGGAACAAUUCCUGCCAGAGGUCAAGAAGAAAAGAUGAUUUGGACUCGACUUGAUAACUGCUCUAUCAUUGAGAAACGAAGAAAUCUCUUAAAUUAUACGUGGCAGUUAGUUGAUUUCCAACGAGCAGGAGAAACACCAUAUGAGGGGGUACUCAUGAUGCCAAAUGAGGGCAGCUCUUUACCGUUGGUGGUUUGCCCUCAUGGUGGGCCUCACGGAGUCUCAGUUGCUGGGUGGCCUCGACGAAGUGUAACUGCAUUGAUCAAUUCCGGGUUUGCCUUCCUGUAUGUCAACUAUCAUGGCUCGCUUGGUUUUGGAGACGAAUUCGUCCGGUCAUUACCCGGCAAAUGCGGCAAUUUGGAUGUUAAGGAUGUGCAC